AUGUCGCCCAUUCGGGUUCUAAGCGGGCUGACCGUCGUCAGGAACCCAGAAAAGACAAAGCCGAAGGCUUUACUCAGCGCAGAACGCGAACUUGACAGUCCCUUCUGGACUGCACCGCCGCUUGCAACGCUGCAGAUCACACUGCUCACCCAAUUCGCCUCAAGGCGCCUCGAGGUCGCACACGCCUAA